AUGCUUUCAUAUCGCUUGAAACGGACAUGUGCUUCGCAGAGAGCGAACAAGGAAAAUGAAGAAAGCAUGUUAAAUCGGAGAGUUCAGUUUCGAGCUGCAACUCUGAUGAAGUACACAGAGGAUCAAGAAGGAAAUGGAGGACUAAACGACAUGUACAUUCGAAUAAAUAUUGGAGGAAAGACCUAUUGCGUAAGAACUGAAUUACAUACUCACGAUAGAACACUCAUGCAUGAUAUCGUUGAGGCUAAUCAUGAAAAACGAUUAGCUAUCGUGGAUGGAUAUGACGAGAAGAGUGAAGAGUAUUAUAUGGAACGGAAUACGCGACUAGCAGAACAUAUCAUGGAUUUUUUUGCUACAGGCAGUCUGCACAAGCCUCACAAUGUGUGUGUCGAGCGUUUCAAAGAAGAGCUGGCGUUCUGGAGAAUUGGAAGCGAAUAUCUUUCCGCCUGUUGUGCUCUGCCUUCCGAUGGCACCACCUCCACUAAACAGAAACAUCAACAACAUACUACUCCCGAAGAUGAUUAUGCAACUGAUUUUGAUGGAGUUAAGUUUUUGUCCUCGUUCCGAUUGGCCACAUGGCGUUUCCUUGAAGACCCUCAGUCUUCCUAUCCGGCAGCCGUUUUCGCAUUACUUUCCGUCUUCUUUGUAUUCACUAGUGUGAUCGGUCUAAUACUUGGAUCAAUGCCAGAAUUUCAAGAAGAUUCUUCAAAUGCGGCAUUCUAUCACAUGAUGCACGCAAAGAAGGGCACUGAAACCAAGUUCCAAAAUGCCGAUGUGAACAGCCAGAACCCAUCCACGUUUGUAUAUCGUCCGACGGACAAUCCCUCUUUUACAUUAGUUGUCAUCGAGUACAUUUGUAUUACCUGGUUUACAUUCGAAUAUCUAAUAAGAUUCACAAUAUAUCCUCGAAAGAUGGAAUUCGCCAAGAAAACUUUAAAUAUUAUUGAUAUGCUUACUAUAUUACCAUUCUAUCUCGAGCUAUGUUUGCCAAUAUUUGGCAUCGAAUCUCGAUUCAAAGAGCUUACAGGAGAAGACAUAGGGCGUAAAGCACAAACUUGGAUGGGUGCUAUGCUGGUAGUUCGGGUACUACGAGUGCUUCGGAUGGCGCGUGUUUUCAAAUUAGCCCGAUACAGUACAAGUCUUCAGACUUUCGGCCAUACGCUCAAAUCCUCAAUAACAGAACUUUCAAUGCUCAGUAUGUUCCUUGUGACCGGUAUAAUAUUUUUUUCAACCAUCAUGUAUUAUUUGGAAAAAGACGAACCCUACACAGAUUUCUACAGUAUACCAGCGGGUUGUUGGUGGUGUGUUGUCACAAUGGCAACAGUGGGGUACGGUGAUGCUAAGCCAGUCACAACUUGUGGAAAACUUGUCGCAACGGCUACAUCCAUAUGUGGAAUUAUAGUUUUGGCUUUUCCAAUAUCAAUGAUAGUCGAAAAGUUUGCGAGUGCCCAGCAGAAAGCUAUUGAAAGCGAGCAGAUACAACAAGCCCAAAUGUCUGCAGCCGCGAAUAACUACUUGCUCCGACGGUUUCCAACCAGACGUCGAAUGAGGAAUGCGAACAAGAAUCUGAGUGCGAUUGCUUAG